CUCCCUCCUUCCCCCGCCACUGUCUCUGUCACUCACAGGGGUUGGGCCGGGCUAGGACAGCCAUGGCAGCAGUGUUCGACUGGAUUGCUCUCCUUGUGGCUCUCUGGCUCACACUGGGGGACACACAGCUGCAGCAGGCCACGCUCCAUCCGCUAGUGGGCCACAUCUUUGUGCAUACCUUGGACCAUGAGACCUUCCUGCGCCCGCCUGAGGACACUGCCGUCCUGCCCUCUGCGAGUGUCACCUACCAUGCUCACCUCCAGGGACACCCAGACCUGCCUGGUUGGCUCCGCUAUACCCAGCGCAGUCCUACCAAGCCUGGCUUCCUCUAUGGCACUGCCACCGCAGAAGAUCGUGGGCGCCAGAUCAUUGAGGUCACAGCCUACAAUCGGGACACUUUUGACACCACUCAGCAGAAGCUGGUGCUGUUGAUCCAGGACCCUGAAGGGCCCCGGCUGCCGUACCAAGCGGAGUUCCUGGUGCGCAGCCACGACGUGGAGGAGGUGCUGCCCUCGGCGCCCUCCAGCCGCUUCCUCACGGCCCUGGGGGGCCUCUGGGAGCCGGGGGAGCUCCGGGUGCUCAACAUCACUUCCGCACUGGACCGCGGGGGCCGCGUGCCCCUCCCCAUUGAGGGUCGCAAGGAGGGGGUGUACAUCAAGGUGGGCUCUGCCUCGCCCUUCUCCACCUGCCUGAAGAUGGUGGCAUCCCCCGACAGCCAUGCCCGCUGUGCCCAGGGCCAGCCCCCACUCCUAUCCUGCUACGACACCUUGGCGCCCCACUUCCGUGUGGACUGGUGCAACGUUUCCCUGGUGGAUAAGUCAGUGCCGGUGCCUGUGGACGAGGUGCCCACCCUGGGCGACGGGAUCCUGGAGUAUGAUCCAUUCUUCUGCCCCCCGACUGAGGCCUCGGCCCGAGACUUCCUCCCAGAUGCCCUGGUCACCCUCCUGGUGCCUCUGCUGGUGGCUCUGCUGCUUACCCUGCUGCUGGCCUAUGUCAUGUGCUGUCGGCGAGAGGGACUGCUAAAGAGGGACCUGGCCACCUCCGACAUCCAGAUGGUCCACCACAGCACCAUCCUCGGGAACACAGAGGAGCUGCGGCAGAUGGCGGCCUCCCGCGAGGUGCCCCGGCCUCUCUCCACCCUGCCCAUGUUCAAUGUGCGCACAGGCGAGCGACUGCCACCCCGCGUGGACAGCGCCCAGGUGCCCCUCAUCCUGGACCAGCACUGAGGGCCCGGCCAGAGAGCUGCUGACCCUCGACUGUAGCUGAUUCCCAUUCCUGGCCCUGGUGGACGCCAUGCUUAGAAGAAGCGGAGGGAUGGCAGUGCUGUUUGGGGUCAGGGCUCCCAGAAUAAACGCUCGCUGCUUGCUGUC